AUGCAGCAUGGUUACACAACCGCCUCAGCUGCAGUAUCCGCCCACUCACCAUACUUCAUGAUGACGGGGAAGGCUGCAGAUGUCUCCAUGGCAAGGACCUUCGGAUGCCUCUGCUACUAUCUCCCUCCCCAAGGCAGCUUCGGGAAGUUUGAGCAACGAGGACGGGCCGGCAUGUUUCUCGGCCUCUCUAACUCACGCAAGGCCUGGAUCGUGCGGGACUUGGCAAGCGACGUUGACACCGACACACGCUCUGCUCGUUUCUUUGACGACCUCAUGCUCCCGGACGCCAAGUCUCUGCUCAAACGCCAACGAUACAUGGAUGAAGUCUCACCUCAUAUCUCGGAGUGGACUUCCGGGGGAGACGGCGUUAGGUCAGCAUUCGACUCUUUUCCCGUAUCCCACACUUCCUCCCCAUCAUCUUCUGACGCCGCUACAGCAGAACAACAUGGACCUAAGGCAAAUGACGGAGCUCAAGAAGACUCACCAGCAGCUCGUGAAGCUGAUACAGGAGAAGAGACAACGACAAGUGACUUACCAGCGGCAGACAUCUCUGUUUAUGAAGGUGCUGACAACAACGAACCAAGAGAUGAAGCAAGUCAUCUCUACGACUUUGCCUACCCACCCGAGGGUAUCACGCUGGUUGCUCCUGACGUGCCGCCACGGCGGGUUCACUUCAACCCAACGGUAACAGUGCUUGGAGAAGGACACGGGACGGACAACAUGACAGGCCUGGACGUACUGUUUGGGAGGCGGCAGGCAGGACAAACAGUCACACGGUUUCCCAACUUGCAGCAGCAGAACGUACUGGGAUGUGCAGCAACCGGCGUCCCCAUGGUGGAACUGACAUACAAAGAGCCAAAAACACUUCAAGAAAUGACCAAGGACCCAUACGCACCUCUUUGGCAAGCCGCUGUAGAUGCAGAAUUGGCCAAGUUUGAUGAGCUGGACGCAUACGAAGUGGUGGACAGAGCGGACAUACUAAAAGGAACACCAGUGCUGACGGAAGGAGUUGUUUUACGGGUGAAACGAGAUGAGCAAGGACAGCCAAACCGGUUCAAAGCGCGCUGGAUGGUCAAGGGAUGCGGACAGACCUGGGGGACAUACGAUGGGACGUAUGCACCGGUCAGCCAAGGACCUACCUCUCGUGUGUUUGUUGCUGGAGCAUCUACUACAAAGCGGAAAGUGGUGCAGCUGGACAUCUUCAAUGCAUUCCUGUACGCUCCGAUUGACCGGGACAUAUACGUGAGACCACCAGAACCAAGGCGGGAUGGAGACAAAGUCUGGAAACUCAAAAGAAGUGUAUAUGGGCUGAAACAAGCACCACGCCUGUGGCAUCAGCACUUACGGGGUGUCUUAUUGGAGCUGGACAUGGUGCAAUCUGAAUCAGACCCAUCUCUGUUUAUCUGGAAAAGAGACGGAAAGGACACGGUGUGGCUACUCACCUACGUUGACGACAUCCUCAUCCAGUCUCAUGACGCAGAAGGCAUUGAAGCUGUGAUUCAAGAGUCAACCCAAAAUCAUGCGAAGACCUACUGCAAUCAGUAA